AUUAUGGAAAAUGGAAAAGGAAGAAACCAGACACCCAUCGUGGAAUUUAUCCUCUUAGGAUUUGGGAAUGUCCCUGAACUGCAGCCCCUUCUCUUCCUCGUGUUUCUAGUGAUCUUCAUUGUGACUGUGGCAGGGAACAUCCUCAUUGUUGCACUAGUUGUGGCUGAUUGCCACCUUCACACCCCUAUGUACUUCUUCCUGGGGAACUUGUCCUGCCUGGAGAUCUGCUACACCUCCACCUUGCUACCCAGGCUGCUGGCCAGUCUCCUGACUGGGGACAGAACCAUUUCUGUUAAGGGCUGCAUUUUGCAAACAUAUUUCUUUGGUAUUCUGUCAGCUACAGAAUCUCUGCUGCUUGCGGCAAUGUCUUAUGAUCGGUACUUAGCUAUAUGCAAUCCACUUCGUUAUGCUGCUCUGAUGAAUCGGAGGGUUUGUUGCCAGCUAGUGGCAGGGUCCUGGAUAAGUAGCUUUCUGGGCUGCACCACAAUAAAUAUUUUGUUGUUUGAAUCAAAGUUUUGUGAUUCAAAAGGAAUUGACCAUUUCUUUUGUGAUUUUUCACCUGUGAUAAAGCUGUCCUGUGACGAUACCAAGACUGUGCAAGUGCUGACAUUUAUUGUCUCUGCCAUAGGGACAUUUGUGCCAUGUCUACUGGUCCUGACAUCCUACAUUCGUAUCAUCACCACCAUCCUGAGAAUCCCUUCCACCACAGGGAGGCAAAAGGCCUUUUCCACCUGCUCCUCUCACCUCAUUGUGGUUAUAGUUUACUAUGGGACACUGAUUACUGUCUAUGUGGUUCCAACAGCUAACACUCACAAGGUCCUACACAAACUCUUCUCUGUCUUCUACACAGUCCUGACUCCCAUGAUCAACCCUGUCAUCUACAGCCUGAGAAACAAGGAGGUCACUGAGUCCCUGAGAAAAGCUAUUCUUAAACUGAUUGUUUUCAGAAACAGGCAUAGAACUUUAAAGGACAAAUUUUAGCAUAUAGUAAAAUAGAGAUGAACUGGUAUAGUUUCUUAGACAUGGCCCAUUGGAGUCCUUGAGAACCCCUCAUUGACCUUACUUCAUCAAUUUUCUUUCUUUCUUUCUUUCUUUCUUUCUUUCUUUUACUCUGAUACUUUUUCAGCAUUAAUCUUUCAUACAUUUAAUACACAUUUCUUUAUACAAAACUUGAUACCAUAAGAGACAUUCUUUAUGAAAAAUGUUUUCUUUUCCAGACACACAUUUCAGUAAAGCACUCUGCUUCAUGCAUCUAUACAUGCAUCCAUACAUGAACACUGGUGCCCAAAUUCUGCAAGGAGCUGAACAUCUUUUGAGUGGCUCUGGGUCUCUUCCACUCCCACUGAAGCCAAUGACAUUCAUUCUCCACUGAUUAGGAUCCUCUGUUGUCAAUUUUCAGAGUGGUAGCCAUGUUAGACUGUAUCAGCAAAAACAAAGAGGAGUCCUUGUGGCACCUUAGAGACUAACACAUUUAUUUGGGCAUAAGCUUUCGUGGGCUAAAACCCACUUCAUCAGA